AUGGCAUCGUCUCCCAAGCUCCCUGCCUUCUUCUUCCUCCUGCUCGCGGCGCUCGCCGCGGCGGCGGCGCCAGCGCGGGCGGCGCAGGAGUACUGCCGGGACUCGCUGGACGGCCUGAUGGACUGCCAGAGCUUCAUGUACGGCGGCGCGCUGCCCCCCUCGGCCGUGUGCUGCGCGGCGUACAGCGCCGCCUUCAAUGCUGACCCGUUCUGCCUCUGCUACGUCGCCGACGGCACGUACGGCCGCGCCACCGGGUACAACGUCAACGUCACCCGCGCGCUCCAGAUCCCCGCCAGCUGCGGCCAGGCCGCGCCGCCCGUCGAGCUCUGCAACAUGCAAGGGCUGGUGCUCCCUCCCUACGCGCCGAAGGGCUCUCCGGCCGCCGCCGCCGCCGCCGCUCCGACAGCGCAGCCUCCUUCAGCAGGCUCGGUGGCGCCGCCAUCGUUCACCUCGCCGCAGCCGCCACCGCCAACCUCCCAUGCGAGGCGUGAUUCGUCACUAGAGCUGAUCAUCGUGCUCGCUGCCAUGGCCGUGGCCGUGGCCGUGCUCUGA